AUAGUACGCGUGCGUUGUAGAAAAAAACAAAAAUACAUUGUUAUCGUCGCACAUACAUUGUUUUUUUCGAAGAAUACCGAGGUAUAAAAGAGGAUGGCGGUCAAAGUUUGGCAACCAGUCAAAAAGCUUGCACCGAGUCUCCGAACAUGGAUGGGUUACAGGAUAUCAUCUUCGAGGAGUUGCCGUUGUGUCGCAAUCCCUUCACGGGAGGUCCGCAGCUGACGGAUGUUUGCGUCGCGAAUUCAACCCUGACGUUCCUGACGUUGUUCAACUCCCUUGUAGUUAACAACACGAAGAUCAACGAUCCCUGCGGCCGCGUGAAACCGAUCAAGGCACCGAAAAAGGAGUAUGACUUCAUCGUCGUGGGAGCUGGAGCUGCUGGCCCCGUGGUAGCCGCCAGACUGUCCGAGAUCAACGAUUGGAAUGUUCUCCUAUGCGAAGCAGGCCCCGACGAGCCCGCAGGAGCUGAAAUACCCAGCAAUCUUCAGCUCUAUCUCGGCGGCGAAUUGGACUGGAAAUACCACACCACCAACGAGUCCUUCGCUUGCAGGAGCACGAACGGCAGCUGCAAUUGGCCGCGAGGCAGGAACUUCGGAGGAAACACGGCGCACCAUGGAAUGGCCUACCAUAGGGGUCAUCCAAAGGAUUUCCAGUACUGGGUCGAGCAGGGCAACGAAGGAUGGUCCUGGGAAAAGGUUCUGAAGUACUACAAGAAGUCGGAGAACAACACGGAAAUCGGCAGAGUCAGCGCCGAGGACCACAGCACCGGUGGACCCAUGACUGUCCAGAGAUUCCCCUGGCACCCAAAUUUCACCCAGUUCAUCAUGGAUGCGGCGGUGGAGACAGGUUUCGGGCUCACCGAGGACAUGGUCGGCAAAAAUCUCACUGGCUUCACGAUCGCUCAGACCGUGAGCAGAGACGGCGUUAGGCUCAGCGUGCCCGCUGCGUUCAUCAGACCGAUCGCUCAUCGCAAGAAUCUCCACGUAUGCUUGAACUGCAUGGUCACCAAGGUCCUGACCGAGAACAAGACGGCCACUGGCAUCGAAUUGGUCAUGAACGGAAAGGAGUACACCGUGAAAGCGAAAAAGGAGGUGAUCGUCUCCGCUGGCUCGAUAAACUCGCCUCAGCUGUUGCUUCUGUCGGGAAUCGGACCCAAGGAACACUUGGAAUCCGUCAAGGUACCUGUCGUGCACGAUCUACCGGGCGUCGGAGAGAACCUUCACAAUCACCAGUCCUUCGGAAUAGACUUCACCGUGGACGAGGCGUACAGGUCGCUGCUCAACGUGGACACAGUGGCCAUGUAUUUGUACAAUCAAACUGGACCGCUGUCGGGCACAGGAUUGGCCCAGGUGACCGGUGUCCUGGCGUCAGAGUACACGACCGAAGACGACCCCGACACCCAGAUCUUCUUCGCCGGGUACCAGGCCAUAUGCACGCCCAAAGAAACGGUCGUCGAUUUGGGCAACUUCGGCGACAAGAUGUCCGUCAGGUUCUCGUCCGUCAACUUGCAACCCAGCAGCAGAGGUCGCAUCACGCUGAAGGACAACAAUCCGUUCAACCAUCCGAUUAUCUGGAGCAACGACAUAGGCACCGAGAGGGACCUGAAUAUAAUAUACUUCGGAUUGAAGAGCAUCUUCAAACUGGCUAACACCACGGCGAUGAAGGAGAUCGGUUUGACGACAGUGCACAAAAUUAUACCGGAGUGCAGCGAGCACGGCGAGGACACCGAAGACUAUUGGAAGUGCGCCAUUCGUUGGGACACAAGACCGGAAAACCACCAGAGCGGAUCCUGCAAGAUGGGUCCAUCUUUGGAUCCGAUGGCGGUGGUCGAUUCGACAUUGAAGGUGCACGGAAUUAAUGGACUCAGAGUGGCCGACGCCUCCAUCAUGCCCAGGGUGGUGUCGGGUAAUCCGGUCGCGGCGAUCACUAUGAUCGGCGAAAGAGCGGCGGACUUCAUCAAGGAGGACUGGGGAGUACUGUCGUGAGAGGAACGAAAUAACGACGAUGUGGAUACGAAGAUACAUAUAUCAUUGAGAAAUGUAUUGUAACGGCUCGAAUUUGAGAAACUGACGUCCAAAUAUUUCUGAAUAAAUUAUUAUACGAUUUCUGCUCGAA